ACUACUUCCUCUGAACACAUACUGUGCUGGACUCGCUCUUCCAUAAAAUUUAAAGCGAACAUUGCAAGCUCCUGAGUCUGCGUUUUGGACCGCUGCCAAAUAAUGUCAAGGAUUCGAGCAUGGCUUGUUGCCCUUUUCCAGUGGUUCAGCCGCUGUUUUUCCACAAGGAAGCAGUAUACAGACGCCAUCCCUACUGCAAGUCCUGGCGCGAAGGCAGCGUCAAUUCCCAGAAGCGAAGAUUUUGUGAAACAUGAUCAAGAGGCGCCUAUUCCUGCAGGCCUGCCAACUCCAAGCUCGCAGGCCGGUUCCGAACAGCAUACUACCGGUAGCGUACGGGAAGUUGCGCCAUUAUUGCCACAGAUAGCGCAGCAGUUGCAAGCUGUGGAUUACCAGGUGCCAGAGCAACCUGGUAAUGAGCAGUUUCAGGCCUCGCCAGCACCACAACAGCAGCGACAGCAACAGCCACCAGUGCAGGCACCCAUUCCGCUGACGCCCUUGCACCAGCUUCCCCAGGUGGCGCAGCAGCAACCGGAGAUUGCGCCCCAACAGCAGCACCAACCAGUACCGCUGACGCCACAGCAGCGACAGCAACAGCCGGCAACUCAGGCGCCACCAGCUCACAUUCCGCUGACACCCUUGUACCAAACUCCGCAUGCGGCGCAGCAGCUACCCGAGAUUACGCCCAUCUCGUCGAAGCUCCAGCAGACAGCUGAGCGGCAGGCGCUCCGAGACAUCACACCCUACGCAAGCCAGGUGGCGCGAACCCCAUCCUGCUCUGCAACGGACGGUGUCACGCCGGGCAGCGAGUAUGAGACGCCUUCGGCGGCUCCUCCAACCCAGCAGUUCCGCCGUUACAUGGUUGACAGCGGCAAGGUUGUCGGCGUCAACAACACCGUCACGCGCUACCGCGAGGCCAAGCCCAUUAUGCCCCACACGACGCCCUUUCCCCUGCGCGUCGACCGCGAGCUGGAGCUGGAGGGCCGCGCACUAGGGGCCAACGUGAAGACCUAAGGAUCUACAGCGCCCAGCUGUUAACCUGUCCGCGUCAAGGCUGCGAUAGGCACGGAUAGUAACCGCUUCAAGAUUGCACGGUUUGUGUGAUCGUCGUCUAGUCCAUAUACUGGGCGUCUGUACCUGUAAGGUGGGACGUUCACAUCCCGGCGCCUGCAGUGCCUCUGCAGGCUGGAGCGUCUGGUGCGUAACUAGCCCUCAACGGGCACUUGGGCCCAUCCCUGGCACAUCAGUCGUUCUGGCAUUACGCCAAGGAUGGAAUGUGUGUCGUAUUUAGUUUUAUUUCGCAAGCUGGGGGUGAGAAGCCCCGUACAUGGGGUGGGAAGGCAAGUAAACUUAGGCGAGCGUUCAGACCAAAUGAGGAACGCACGCAACAUGCACGGCAGGGUAGGCAAUGGCCAUUAUCAAUCCAUCAUUCUUGCAGGAUAUUGUGGCGUACCGUUAAUGCAUUCACUGAUGUAGUUCUAGACUAGGUUAUGACCGUAGUGUUCAUUAGAAGCCGUUAUUAACGACACGGCGUGCGCCAUGUUAAAGCUCAUGGACUAGCCGGUGCACAGCCCUGUGACGGUGUUCACGGCUCUUCGUUGGCUCUCCAUAACGUAUGUUAGUUAACUUUAGUUAGUCUCCUUACCUGGCAUGUGGUGUGGCAGAGUAGUACAUUUCCUUUGUAUGGCAAUUGCGGUGUGUAUGAGCUCAUCUGGCAGAGGCGGCCCGGGCUGUGGAGAUGCAUACCUGUGUCCAUUGGCUUCUUAGCCGGGAAACCAAACGACGUGUAACACGGCUCUUU